AUGAAACCACUCCUAACGUGCAAAAAUUUCAAUUUGGAGAUAAGACUACGUAACAUUUGCUGUUAUAUAUUUUCAAUAUUAUUAUAUAGAGCUGAGACUUGGAUAUUAAAAAAAUGCAAUUUAAAAAGAAUCGAGGCUUUCAAACUCUGGUUAUACCGUAGAGUAUUAAAAAUAUCAUAGACAGAUAGAAUUACAAAUAAAGAAGUACUGGAGAGGGUUGGUAAAAAAAACAGAACUAAUCACCACUAUACAAACCAGAAAACUAGAAUACCUAGGCCACGUGAUGAGAGGACCAAAAUAUGAAAUUUUGAGACUCAUAAUACAGGGAAAAAUUCAAGGAACAAGAUGUGUUGGCCGAAGGCAGAACUUACGGUUAAAGAAUUUACGUGAUUGGUAGCAAUGCAGAUCGAUUAAUUUGUUUAGAGCAUUAAGUU